AUGGCAGUGCGAGACGCACAGAAGACAUCAGAGGAGGAGCGAUGCGUGACCUUCAGUCUCGGAGACGAGCUCUUCAGAUAUCAGGCGAAUGGGGAGAGCCCAUGUACCUUUGGACUGCCAUGGGCUCCUCCUUCCGAGAAGAUCUUUGAUCUGCAUUUCUUUUGGCAGCUGUGGAGCAAUCUCGCCAAGGCUGCGAUGCGAAAAGAUGUGCCCUUAGUGUCUCUUAGAAACAUGUCUUACAUGCUGAACGACACCUACAAGAUUCCAAGCGCACUGGACGUGAACUUCUUUGGGCAGCUGUCGAAGAAGUAUUGUUCUUGGCCAGACCUGCGCCAUUCCCUCAUCACCGAGGGGCACCCCUCCAUCAAGCUGAGCUUCUUGGAACGAGUUUUCCUGAUGCUGGAGGAGCCAAACAGUUGUCUUCUGGCAAAGGCCUGGUUCUAUAUCAUCAUGUUUGCUGCUGUCGCCAACCUCACAAGCUUCAUCCUCCCAGAAACGGCAACCUGGAUGUUCGAACAGAUCUGGGGUCACCACCACCAUGAGAAGCACCAGGCGAUCUUUAGCACGGUCUGCAUUCUGAUCUUCACCACGGACUACGUAUCGAAGCUGGUGUGCUCACCAUUUGUCCGCGUUGAGCUCGUGCAACCAUCGGAGAAGUAUUUCCAUUUGGACGAGUCGCAGCGAGCAGUGGUGCCACAGACGGGCACACAGCGGUGUCUGGAUUUUAUGCUGCAAGUGACGAACAUCGUAGACCUGCUUGCGAUCUUGCCCUGGUGGCUUGACCUUUGCUUUGUCAAGAUACUGCCUGGGGCUGCCUUCUUGCGCAUCAUCCGCAUCUCUCGGAUCUUCCACCUCUUCAAGUCUGCACGUUAUUUUGACAUGGUUCAAGUGCUUGGCUUGACACUGUGGAAGAGCAUCAAUCUGGUUGGAAUUGUUUUCGCGCUCAUCACCGUGGUGGGGCUCUUCGCUGCAUGUCUGCUUCAGCAGACAGAGGUGACAAUGGGCAGCCAGAUGAGCGAAGUCUUCGAGACGGUUCCAGCAUCUUGGUUCUGGAUCUUCUGCCGGCUGAUCGGGAUGAAGGACACGAUUUACGGAAAAGGCAAAGUACAAAGCUAUUUUGGCAUUGCCAUCCUGGCUGUGACUCUAACGCUGAAGGGUGUGCUGUGGAUUGUGCCAAUUGCUCGUAUCCGCCAAAUCUUCUCCCAAGAAUAUGCCAUUGUCGUGAACACCAGCAAGGCCCGCAAGAAAAUGAUCGAUGACCUGCUGGCCUUUGUUGCUGGCUCAGACCAGAGCCUAGUGCAGAGCCGGAACGGUUACAUUUGCUGCAACCUGCAGCUCUACUCGAUCACGAAAGAAGAAGCUUGGGUGCCGCUUCCUCUCCACCAGAAUGAGGAAGUGAAGCUCGAGAAGUAUCGGGUGGCCUUGAGCUCCAGCGCUUCUGCUGCAGAGGUUUUCCUGGACAUUCUGUGGAAGCCAGGAGCUGCAAUGAAGAACAGCGCCAACAGCCUUCCACAGGGAACUCUGGCCCUUACUCUGGUCGGAGGUUGGAGGCUUCCGGAUGGUUUGCACGAGAUUCAGUGGGAAGUUCCUGUCGACACCUUCAGCACAGAGAAGCAGACGGUCACUCUAAAAGCGGCCACCAAGACCACCGAUACAGUCACCUUCGAGAUUGCAUGGACGGGCUCUGGAGAGGAUGACGAGCCACGAGAGAUCGACGACGAUCUGCAGAUGGACUACCGGGAUUUCCAGAAGCAGGUUCUCCAUCUUCUGCAAGAGCAAGCGGAGCUCAUCCAGGAGCAGCAGCAGUGUGUCCAAGAGUAUGGGCAGCGGCUGAAAGGGUUGGACUCGAAGCUGUGA